AACGGAGCACUGUGGUCAGAUAAUUAAGAUGUCGUCCACCUGCCGAGGUCGUGUGUGUUCGGUCACCGAGCAUUCGGUCGAGUCGUGUAUGACAGUUGUGUUACUCCUCACAUUCACAUUUACUCCUCGGCUCACCUCGCCAUCCAUUUCUCCAGGACUGGUUCCUCGCGUUCAACCUCUCCCCUUUCCCCCGUUACCAACGCUUCACGAUGCCUUGAUUCCCGCAGCAAUCGUCCCCUCUCCUAUCCAUUUCCUUCCGUUAUUACAGCGUUCUUGUGUUGAUACCCCUUUCCUUUUCAUGAUGAAUGCUUCUACUUCGCUCCAGCACGAGGCGGAACUGUUCGGGCUUCUCACGAGAGUGGGCGGUUCAUUAUCCCUCCCUCUAGUCUGCUUGGUCCUCGUUUCAUAUGUCUUCAUCCCGCGGGUUCGGACAGAGCCCAACACAUUUCUAGCAUUUUCAUCGGCUGGAAGUAUACUGGGUUGCAUUGCUUGUAUCGUCGGGAGCGACGGGAUUAGACAGGGUCUAUCGAGCCCCUUGUGUCUGGCUCAGGGGUUUUUAAUGGACGUGUCUGCGUUGUCAGGUCCUUUGUGGUCUCUAGGAAUAGCAGUUCAUUUGCUUGUGGGCUUGGCUAGGGGCUCAAAACAAGUGUCUCUCCAGAAAUGGGGUUGGGCGUACUGCUUAAUUUGUUAUGGGGGACCGUUGGCCCUAGCACUCACGCGUCUCCAUAUAAAGCGGCCAAGAGGUGCAACAUUGAACAGCAAUGAGGGUUGGUGCUGGGAGUCCGCUGGGCAGGAGGUGCUGCCGGUUUACAUCCCCGUUUGGGGAUGCAUUUUUACCUCACUCGUCAUCUACCUUGGGGUCACCGUACAUAUUUCCAGGAAGCGAUAUGACAACCAACAAGGAUGGGAUGGUUGCAACUCAGUCCGUUCUUCAAGGGCCUCUGGGGACCCCCUUGUUGCAGCCUCAAGCGUAUCAAGCGACUCAAUUAUCUCACUCAGCGACUGGCCACUUUCUCCGAGUUCGGGAAAUAUGUUCUUCGGCACACAAUGCACUAAAGCAGCCGGCCGUUCUCGCCCUGUCACCUAUCCACCACCCGUACACACGUCGCCAGUUCCACCGGCAGGAACUUGGCUCCGUGCCUUUGCACUCUCUCCGCGGCCUGCCCCCACGCCACCCCCGCGAGGCAGGUUUUCCGUUAAGAAUAUGACGCGGCAUUUUACAAUCAAGGACUCCACAACGGGGGUACAUCUAUGGACAGGGCUCAUGUUCGCGGGCUCUUUGCUCGUCACAUGGCUGCCAGGGACCAUCAAGCUCGGCUGGAAUCUUGUACACCCGGAGCUAGGCAGCCCGUUAGGAUUCCGCGUCGCCGUCUCCACAGUUCUUCCUCUUCAAGGGCUGUGGAUUGCCGGAAUAUUCUUUGCCCUCAACUGGAACGAUGUUCGAAGGGGCAUGAUCAGGCCACCGUCACGAACUACGAUUAGUGGCCUGCUGGAGGAGCCGUUGCAGCGGCUUCGUGGAAACUCGGUAUCGUCGGGAGGAACGAACUAUGACGUGGAGAAGGCUAAGAGGGACUUGAAAGUGGCAAUACCAUGGCAUCGCCAAACUCAGCGCGACGACUGGGAUUUCGUUGACAUUGGGAUACCUUCGCGAGAGAACACGAUCGUCCGGCCGAGACCGAACAGCGAGCCGGUGAUAUCGCCCUUGCUUCCUAGUCCGGCGCUUGGGCGGAACCACGUAUUAUUGUAGGUUGGCCAUAAUACAUGUACAUACGAUAGCCUGUCUGUUGCAAGCGGAUGCAUCGUGAGGUAGCAUAAGCCCAUUCGGGUUCUUCCCUCACACGCAACCUGGUCCUGGAAG